AUGUACCACCACUACACACUUCACGAACACACCUCAGCCUUUCGCUUCCCCUUCAGCUCCGCGGCAUCGGCUUCCGCAACCUUCUCCACUGCAACAUCUUUGCCGUCAGCACUCAUGAUUCAGAACGACGUACUUACGAACCGGAAAAAAAUUCAAAUGUUCAACCGACACAGAUGCCUCGUCCAGUCGUGCACUAUUCCUCCGUCGUCGUACGAAUGCCGGUUUGCAACGCUCGCAGAGGGCAGCACGCACGAAUACGCAGAUUUGGACGUACCUAUUUGCGUUCGAUCUUGCGUCAUGACGCUCAAGUCGCAGCCCGAACGUCAUCUUUUCUGCUCAUUCCUCUUUCUCAACGGACUCGUAUUUGCUACCGCACCUCCCGCUGAUGUCACUCUCGAUGAGAAAGCGAAGUAUGAUCACAAGGUUGAUAGUCUCAACAUACUUCUAUACACUGCGCUUCUGUCGCUGACUGUCGUGACUGUAUGGAUGUUCAAGCAUCGUCGUGUGCGCUACCUUCAUGAAACGGGUCUUGCCGUUGCGUAUGGAUUGAUUGUAGGCGCGAUCAUGAAAUACUCCGCGACAGGAACCAGAAUUAGCCACAUAUCGUUCGACACCGCCGAUACAGGUUGGAACGAAACCAUCCCACCGGACCGCGUUUGGUUAUCCAUGAACAUAUCAGAUAAAGCGGAUUCGCCGGCAGUACGAGGUGUUUUCGCGUAUGGCUUCGAAGGCCGUAUUUCAGGCGCUGAAAACGAGUUCGAGGUGAAAGCCACUUUCGAUCCGGAGAUUUUUUUCAACAUCCUGCUCCCACCGAUAAUUUUCAACGCUGGAUACAGUAUGAAGAGGAGGUACUUCUUCCGGAAUCUCGGUGCUAUCAUGACGCUUGCGUUCGUAGGAACUGUGAUUUCAGCUGCGACUGUGGCCGGAAUAAUUUACGGGGUAGUGACAGUUUUCGAUCCCGGCAGUGGCACGAUAUCGUUUGCUGAUUGCUUGUACUUCGGCUCAAUGAUAUCUGCUACUGACCCAGUCACUGUGCUUGCAAUUUUCAACGAUCUGCACGUGGAUGUGACUCUGUAUGCCCUGGUCUUUGGGGAGUCGAUACUGAAUGACGCUGUAGCAAUCGUUCUCACGGAGAGUGUUAGAGACUACCAGAGCAAAAUCGGUCAAGGGAACUUUGAAGCCAUCUUUUCGUCGCUCGGAAGUUUUGCGAGCAAGUUCGGCUUCUCUUUCAUGUUGGGAUCCGGAAUGGGAUGCUUGACUGCGAUUCUGACAAAGUUUACGAGAUUGUCAGACUUUCCGUUGCUGGAGUCGUCGCUGUUCGUGCUGAUGUCGUAUUCCGCCUUUUUGAUGGCCGAAGCCUCGGAUCUCACUGGCAUCGUGGCUGUGCUAUUUUGCGGGAUUUGUCAGGCGCAUUACACGUAUAACAAUUUGUCCGGAAGCUCAAAAUACAGAACGAAGGAGUUCUUCGAGCUGUUGAACUUUCUGGCAGAGAAUUUCAUCUUCUGCUACAUCGGAGUUUCGCUGUUCACCUUCCCCUACCACAACUUCAACGUUUUCUUCAUCGUUGGAGCAUUUGUUGCAAUUGCUGUUGGACGAGCCUUGAAUAUCUACCCCCUGUGCUUUUUGCUCAACCUUGGUCGAAAACACAAGAUUACCACGAACUUUCAACACAUGCUUUUCUUCUCGGGGCUGAGAGGAGCGAUUGCUUUUGCUUUGUCAAUCCGAAAUACUUUGUCGACUGCGAGACAGUUGAUGCUUUCAGCGACUUCUGUUAUCGUCAUCGCCAGCGUGUUUAUUUGUGGUGGUUCUACGAGUCAAAUGUUGGUGUGGUUAAAUAUCAAGUGCAAUCAAUCGGAUGAGAGUGAGAGGCAGGAAAUACUGAAUGCAACACGUCGUGAACGGUCAGCAUACGAAAGUUUCGGUCCACAUGGGCUGUCGACAGGACCCGCGCCGACGGCAGUGGGACAGAAGGCCUGGGCCGCAAGGUUGUGGACCAACUUUGACGUCAACUACAUGAAGCCGUUUUUGACGCACUCGAGGCCAACGUUGCUGGAGACGAUGCCGGUGUGCUGUGCCCCGCUGGCGAGGAUACUGACCACCACUGAGCAGCUCACGCAAGCCUACGAGCACGGAAAAGUUGGAGAGAAUGCUGACACGGAAUUGUGUCUAGACGCUGAAUUGACGGGAAAUCCGUCCGGGAUUAGCUCCAUUUCAAGGGAGCUGUCGGGUUUCACUCGCAAUGGCAGAAGUCUCCCCGACGAACAGCAUUCAAAGCCGAAACUCUGAGGCCACAGACCACCGGAACCGCAUGAACUUCGUUCUUUUUUUGCUUCUUGCGUGAUUAUUUUCGUUUGCGUGUACGAUUCCCCAAACGGCAAGGGUUUAUCAGAUGUAAAACCUUUUUUUCCACGCAGUGGCUUCAUACUAGGAGUAGUUUAAUUCUCUAACAUAUUGAUGCUCACCUGGUUAAAUCACGGGAAGUUCGAAGGCAGUACGAAGCUUUUAUCAGUUGAAUGUUCGGUAUUUUACGCUCUCUCUCUCUGUCCUGUUUCGAUUGUGUCGCUUGGCAAAUGGUUGAUGGGUAUUUUUGCGUGCAUAAUUCCGGAAGCUCAGUUGAAGUUUCAGCAUUAUUAUCUGCUGUAUCCCUGUGUUUGAUCAAAAGUUUUUUUCAAAUUGGAGAUUGAGCGGAAUGUGAAUAUCGGGUGCUUGAUCCUUUCGAAGCAUGUAAGUUUUCGUCGGAAGGCGGAAAAUGAGUUUCGAACGUGUUGCUUGUGAUGCCUGCCUUGGUCGUGUGCAAAUUUUUUUUAAACGUUGGUGUGUUUCUCGACGACGCAGAAAAGGGGCAUUGCUUGAGAUACCCGCCCUUUUGGAUUUUUGCGAAAGAAGAAUGUCAGCGAUUGAUGAACUUGGUGUGUGUUGUGUGGUGCAGGGAAGCUCGCUGAUUGAAGAUGCAAACGAGGAAUCGGACAAUGGCCGGAAGUAUGAUUCGAGAGUGCACCUCUCCGGGUUGCGGGGCUCGUUUAUUUGACAUGACUCGGAAAUCUGUGAGGAUCCUUGGGUGACGGUGCCAUAAUGUGAAUCUUUCCUUCUUCGGGGGGAGGGGAGAAGACGUGACGUGGUUUAUUUUUCUCUCGUUUGAAAACGUUUGUGAUUCCUGUGAAGGUGCGGAAGGGGUGUUCCUGUUUUUUUUUUCUUGUUGAUGAUUGAUGAUCAUGAAGAAAUAAUUUUUGUUUGGCGGGGGAUUCGUGAAUCGGUCUGUAGUUAAGUCAUAUUUAGUGAUUUAAUAUGUCCCUUACCCCGAGUAUAAUGAAGACGGUUGAAAUCUCGAGUACAGUUGAACCUCGGAUCACAUCACUCAAACCACCCUAUGCCGAAUGUUUUCGAAAUCCGUUUCCGAAUUCCUUUGGAAAGAAUGCAUUACCUCCUUAAAUCGAAGGCUUUCCCCUCGAAUCUCUGUAACUCCUUGUUUCUGGAUGCAUUUUGGCUAUUAUUAUAUUGACUUCACGAGGGGAUAGAGAAAAUCAUGAAAAAUACAAACUUGAUGUGUUCUGGAAGGAAGUGAAAGAUUAAUUUGGGUAAAUGAACCCAUGCCUCUGAGCUCAUCAUCUUGUCAACUCAUGUAAGAAGCAAUUUGAGGUCCGGAAUAAACCCCGAUUAAAAUUUUCUGCGAUUAUUCCUUUCUCCCCCCCCCCCC